UCGAGGGCUGCCGUGCCGUGGUGUCGCGUCGCGCAGUGAUGAAGGCAGAGGGAGCGAGGAUGCGAUGGUCUGUUUGAAAUAAGCUGCAGCCGCUCUCGUUCCUCCGCUCGCCUGUGGCAUCGCCCCGAAUGUGUUCACUUCCAAGUCGUUGUCAGCCUUUGUUGUUUUUUUUGUUAUCGCUCUUAAAUGUUAAGCUUCAAUGAAGGAUGGACCCUGACGAUGUGACAAUCAGAGAGCAAAACUUUCACAGCCAGGUCCGGGAGUACAUUAUUUGCUUCCUUUUGUUUACCAUUCUUUACACGAUCUCCUACUUCAUUAUCACCAAAUACAAGAGGAAACCAGAUGAUCAUGAGGAUGAAGAUGCCAUUGUGAACAGAAUUUCGUUGUUCCUCUGCACGUUUACCUUGGCAGUUUCAGCUGGUGCAGUCUUGUUGUUGCCAUUUUCUAUCAUCAGCAAUGAGAUCCUGCUUUCUUUCCCACAAACUUACUACAUACAAUGGCUAAAUGGGUCAUUAAUUCGCGGUCUAUGGAAUCUUGUAUCACUUUUCUCCAACCUUUCUUUAUUUGUGCUGAUGCCUUUUGCCUACUUUUUCUUGGAAUCUGAAGGAUUUGCUGGAUCAAAAAAGGGAAUCAAAGCACGAAUUCUUGAGACUCUGGUCAUGCUUAUUCUUCUUGGGCUCCUUAUUUUGGGUAUAGUUUGGGUGGCUUCUGCCUUGAUCGAUAACGAUGCUGCCAGCAUGGAAUCUUUGUAUGAUCUUUGGGAAUUUUAUCUUCCCUAUUUGUAUUCCUGCAUCUCGUUGAUGGGUGGUUUACUGUUAUUGCUGUGCACUCCGGUUGGUCUCUCCAGAAUGUUUACAGUUAUGGGGCAGUUGCUUGUGAAGCCAACGAUUUUAGAGGACCUGGAUGAACAAAUCUAUUGCGUUGGCCUUCAGGAGGAAGCACUGAAAAGAAGAUUUAAUGGUGCUUACAUGACAUCCUACUUAAAAUAUAACUCUGAGGAUCUUGAACAGGAAUUAGAUCGUGUAAGAAGCAAGAAAUCAAAGCUUGAGCGUCGCAAGAAAGCUUCUGCAUGGGAAAGGAAUUUGGUUUAUCCUGUUGUCAUGCUGAUACUAUUGUCUGGAAUGGCCAUCUCUGUCCUCCUGGUUGCUUUCAAUAUCCUUGCUCUGUUGGUUGAUGAAACGGCAAUGCCAAAAGGAUCGCAGGAACUAGGCCUUGGAAAAGCCUCUCUGUCUGCAUUUGGGUUUGUUGGUGCGGCGAUUGAAAUCAUCCUGAUUUUCUAUCUGAUGGUCUCCUCUGUCGUCGGCUUCUAUAGCCUCCGGUUCUUUGCAGACCUCGCUCCCACAAAAGAUGACACAACCAUGACAAAGAUCAUUGGAAAUUGUGUAUCAAUAUUGGUUCUUAGCUCAGCAUUACCUGUUAUGUCAAGAACUUUGGGAAUCACCAGAUUUGACCUACUUGGAGACUUUGGAAGGUUUAAUUGGCUUGGCAACUUUUACAUUGUAGUCUCAUACAAUCUGUUAUUUGCUGUGGUGACGACUUUAUGCCUGAUUAAAAAAUUUACAUCUGCUGUAAGAGAAGAACUGUUUCAAGCUUUAGGUCUGAAUAAUUUACAUCUUUCAAAUUGGACGCAAGAUACAGAGAAGGUCCUGCAUUCUGCAAAUGGACAUCAAAAAUCGUUCUGAGAAGCGAUAUCUGGCAAAUUAAAGACAAUUUUAAGUGUGCAGAGAGGAGGGAGGGGGAAGCAAAGGAUUCAGCUAUAUGACAUUCCACUCCACCCAUCUUGAGUCUUAAUGGUCAUUUAUUUUCAGCUGCAAUGAAGAAUCAAGGAAGGGUUCAGUUGUGAGAAAAUUCAAACUUGGACACGCGCAGGAAGUAAAUGUCUGGGACUCCAUGCUUUGCCAUCAAAUUCUGAAUACUACUGAAUAUGUUUGGCUUGGACUGUGAUGCAGCAUUCAGAGUAACCACUACAAAUCAUCCUAUUACGAUUUGGGAUCCUUUCGGGAAUGAUUGGUCUGUCAGUCACUGAAACAUUAGUGUAACCGGCUCCUGGACUGCUUCUGGAAAUGUCUUUACAACAAAUGUGCUCUUGCAGAGAUCCUUGGAAUUCUGGCUGUUCUGUUGAUAUUGUGGAGCUGUUGCCAUUUACUGCUUUAGAACCGAAUCUACAAUAUUUCAGCUGAUCCAACCUAGACUCUAUGCUAAUUUUGGUCCCGUUCACAUUCUUUAGCUCUAUACAGCAGUAUAAGCUUUAGCAGAAAGAAAAUCUAUUUUGUUUGUUGCCUCCACUCUUCUAUCAUAUUAAAACCAAUUUGUUUUCAAUCUUCCAUUACAAAACACAAAAAUAGGUGGUUGGAUUUAUUGGUUAAUAAAACCCAAAUGGCAUUCGGAUAGGUAUUAAGUGAAUGAUCUUUUAUGCCAGCAACUGCAAAGCUGUGUCCUUGCAAAUUCAAAGCAAUCCAGGUACCAGUUGGUUGCUCUCAGAUCUAUCUUGGCUAAUCGGCUGUCCAGGAACGUUUGGUUGCUGUGCAGAUUCUGCUGGCUUUUCCAUUCAUGUUUAUGGGUCAGCUAGAAAUUUGUAUUCAUCUGUUUGAAGUAUUACUUUUACGUUUAUAAUUCCCUUGGACCAAUAAUAUAGGUAUUUAUUGUCUUGGUAUCUGAGAAAAUUCACCUACAGUGCAACACAUUUUGCUGUCCCAUUGCAUGACAUUAUUAAACUGUUAUGAUGGAGAGAACUGCAGAUGUGAAUUUGCUGACAAAUUAUAUGCCUGUGCACAGUGUGAAGUGAUCAGCUGGUUACAAACUGAAAUCUGCUCCUGUAACCAGUGGAUUCCUGGUUCACUACCAUUUCUGUGCAGUGUAGAGGAGAAACAGCAUCAAGGAUUACUUAAUAGUACACAAGGUGCAAAAGUAGUUCAACAUGUCAGGCAGCAGCUCUGGAGAACAUGGAUCAAUGUUCUCCAGAGAUACUGCCUGAUCUGCUGAAUACCUCUUGCAAUUUGUGUCCUUUUAUGUAUUAACCCAUAUCUACGGUUCCUUGCAUAGGAAGGAACUGCAGAUGUUGGUUUACACCACAGAGGGACACAAAAUGUAACUCAGCGGGUCGGGCAGCAUCUCUAGAGAAAAGCAAUAGGUGACGUAUUGUGUUGGAAUCCUUCUUGAGACUGCCUUUUUUCCAGAGAUGUUGCCUGACCAGUUGAGUUACACCAUUUUGCCUCCACCUGCAGUUCUUUGUUUCUCCAAGGAUUAUUUAAUGCCCUUCUAAUCCAUUAUUAUUUGAUGUUACCUUAAAGAUCUAUAAACGAGGUGGCGAUUUAUGAUAGUCUGAUCCUAUUGUUAGUGGAAAAUUAUACAUAUUUUAUCUGUAGGUUUACCUAUACAGGUGGGGAGGAAGGAUGAGUUCACCAAUAUUUAAAAUAUGACAUAACUAUUUUCACAAAAUAUCCUUUCUGCUGGUAAUUAAUUUGGGAUGAGGCCAGAUAUGCAAAUUGAGACGUCCUUUGAUUCACUUACCGUCCACUAUCUACUUCAUCAUUCCACCUAGUAAACACUUAACUGUUCUUAAAAAUACUUCAUUGAUUAUAAAGGGAACAGGAUAUCUCAGAUGUAUAGUAAGGUGCUAUAACCACACAAAUUUAUUUGUUCUUAAUUCUGCAGUAAUUUCACUUGACAUCUUGUUGUAGGCUAUUUAAAAAAACAUAAUUCCCAUUUAUUUGAGUUGCCUCUUAUUUCUGUUGUGUUUCAGAAUCCAAAUACAAAGGAAUUGUUACAGAAGAUAGACACAAAAUUAAGGAGUAACUCAGCGGGUCAGGCAGCAUCUCUGGAGAAAGGAAUAGGAGACAUUUUAGUUUGGACAGCUUUCAGAAGGAUCGAAAACGUCACCUGAUCCUUUUUUCCAGAGAUGUUUCCUGACCCGCUGAGUUACUCCAGCGUUUUGUGUGCAUCAUCUGCAUAAACCAGCAUCUGCAGUUCCUUCCUACACACGGAAUUGUUUUAGUUUUUCUAUGAAGAGCUGAACACUAAUAAAUUUAUGUUGUGAUAUCAAUCACUGUUACCCAUGCAGAUUAAUUUGAUUUGGUCUAAGAAAAGUUUUUUUUUAAACAAAUCUCAAAUUAUUGUUGGAAAAUAAUUGAUAGUGGGGAAUAAAGGGCAUUUGUUGUGAUCUGUCAGGAAACUGAGCUUUAAAAUGAUGGCAUUGCAUCAUUCCAGAAAGAUGUGUGCUGAAGAUGCUGAUCACAUUCUGAAUUGUACAGACCUUGGUUACCUUGCAUCAAUGUUAGCUCUGUUUACAUUAACUGUGAUCCAUUUUGAUAAACCCAUUCAUGUCAUUUCUAGCCUGAAUACAUAGUUAAUAAAUAAUUAGAAAGAAUGGCUAAAUGAAGGAUCUAUUCACCAGUGUCUGACAAUCUAUCCACAUGAGCAUAGACUGUUAAGGGCAUAUUUUUGCUCAUAGGACCAUGGUAAACUGAGUCUGGCCUUUUCAACAAAAUGUGAAAUUUAAAGAUGUGUCCCACUGUAAUCUUGAAUAGGGGAGUAAGUAAAGCAUGUAUGAUACUUUGGCUAGGUUACAAGAUUAGAAAGCUUUGAAUCAGCAGCAUGGUGAUGACUAAUUAUUACUUCAACGUGUUGGUGAGCACCUAAUUUUUCCACUUAAAUUGUUUCUGGCCCAAGUGUUUUCAGUAACGCUAAUAUGUGUUCUGUUUUACUUUGCCACUCGUUGUUCUUUAUCUGUUAUCCUGGCUGUGUCCAGUCAGUGUGAAAGUGAUAAUUCUUUGCAGAAAAUGCCCAUGAAGCUGCUUCCAGUUAAUGUCACUUGGAUAUAAAUGUGCAGAGGUGGGUGGUUUUGUCUUGAGCUGAACCUAAUACAAUGCUGCAAUAUUGCUAGAAUGAAACUGGAGUGUGUCAAGCAUUUUCAGGAUCAUAAGCAAAUGCUGACUUGUAUAAAUCUGACAUUGGAGCAUAGCAUGAUUGAGGAAAAGUGAAGCCAUGCAUCAGGCUCACUCAUUUUUUGGGGUUCAAAGUACAAAUGAUUCCAGUAUGACCUUAAUAGAUGCCAUAAUCUAGAUUUGCACUCUUUAGCAAAGUGGAAAUGAAGAUGUGCUGUGGCUUUAAUUUGUCAGUAUUCGUAACUGAUCUAUUUCUCUACGCUUUUCGAAUCUACGAAUACUACUUUCAACAACCCUUUUAAGAAUAACCUGUUGCAUGCAGAUGGUUUACGUAUUUCAUUUUCAUUGGAAAGUUUUACAUUGUUGAGAGAGGAGCAAGAUGCAGUGGUUAAUCCAUUGAAAUGUAGGCACUUUUAAAGUGAGAGGAGUGCAGUCUAUAAGCGGGCAGACAGUUGUCCUUUUUGUUACAUGUUCUCCGUGGGCAGUUCGGGGGGGGGGGGGCUAUGCUAGGAAACCGUAGUGUCAUAUACAAAGUUAACAUGGGCAGAUAAUCUAUUACCAGGUUUGCGUUUGCAUCAUCAGUUCAAGAAGAGUUAAAUGAUAAAGCCCUUCAGUGUGUUUUCAUUUUUGUUCUGUGUGUUGGAUAGCAGUGCCCUGCUGGUUUAUGGAGUCUGGCUGCUUUUUAAGAGGAUAUAUAUCCAGAGGUCAUUCUCACCAAAUGUGAAUUAAAAAGGCAGUAGUGUAAAAACACCAAGUGAAGUAAAUACUGCCUUGCUGCCACCAUUCGAUUCCCCUGCACUAACAUAUCAAUUUGUGAAUAUGAAGUAAAAAGCAAGUUGCAGUAACUACAGAAGUUGAACUACUUCAGUGUUUGUUUUGGUAUCACUGACCUUUGGUUCUGGCGCCGUGACAACAAGGUAAAAAUAAAGGUACCAGAUUUGUUCGAGGCAUCACAACUUCUGUUUUGAUUCCAUGAGUUUUCCCAGCCUCUGCCCUUAGCAAAUCCUGCAUGUUUAGUCUGGCAUUUCUACCGAAUGCAGAAGAUGAUGAUAAAUCCAGUUUAAUAAGAUUUGCUCAGUAGUAGUUUUAUGUAGAAUUAUUUACACAACCAAAAUGGCCCACUUUUGUGACACAACCACAAAGGCCUCCACCAGUGGGUUAAUUAUAAGUUUCCCAGCUUCUUGCCUUUUAAAGAGUUUAUUUAAUGACAAAUUCACUGUGAUUUUUUUCUUCAUACCUCUUGUGAGUUUUUAUCUUGGUCACAUUUUUGUAGCAAUAUAUUUUGUGUACAUAUUGAUGGAGUUUGUUAUAGUAAAUUGCAUCUUUAUUGUCUUAUGCACUGUGAUCUGACAUGUAGAAAUAUUUUCCUGCCCUGUUGCAAUUAAAAGGAAAUGCAAAAUACAGAUAAUUCUAUGUUUGAGUAAACUUAGUGCGGCCUAUUCUGUGGUGCCAGUAAAAUUCCUGUUGGGUAAAGACCAUUGUGGUAACAAUACGCACAGACAUCUGGCACCUAUUUGUGGUUGGAUUACUGGAAAAUAAAAAUAAUAUUUUUUUUGUUCAUUUCAAAUGUGUAUACAAAUCCAAGUUCAAAUGUGAAAAAACUUUCUGAUUGCUGUGCUGUGAAGCAACACUUUAGAUUGUUUCCUCUUGUGAACAAUAUUCAUUUUGGGAGCAAAGGAUUCAUUACAGUGUGAUGAAUUGGCAGCUACAUGUUUCUUUUAGUUACCAACUAUGAAGUCGUAAUUGUCCCUGCAAAGAGCCAUGUUUGCUUAAGUGCAACAUGUGUACGCCAUUGCUUUCGAAAACACUUACUAUAGUUAUUUAAAUUAGAAUUCUGCAGUAAUACUGAACUUUAAAAAAAAUUCAAGUUGAAGAAACCGAUGGUGACAUUUAAGUCCAUAAACAAGCAAUACAUUUUCUUCUUCAUGACUUGCAAAUUGUGUGAUAACCAGGCAGUCACCACUGUACGAAAUUGUUGUUGGGCACUGAAAUGGAGGUUUGGGUGUUUUUAAAAUAGAUGAUUAAUGUAUGUUACUAUGCACGAAAAUAAAACAAAAGCAAUUAUUUUCUAACAUUUAAGUUGACUAUCCAAGAUGUUAGUUUUAUCAAAGAUAGACACAAAGCGCAUGAGUAACUCGCUGGUCAUGUAGCAUCCCUGGAGAAAAUGGACAGGUGACAUUUCAGGUCAAGACUGUUCUUCGGACCAUUUUGUCCAUUUUCACCAGAGAUGCUGUCUGACCCACUGAGUUACUCCAGCACUUUUGGUUUAUCUUUGGUAUGAACCAGCAUCUGCAGUUCCUUUUAUUACAUUAGAUGUUCGUGUUAUCCUUUGGUCAUUUCUUUAUGAAUUUGUGUUGGGAUAGACUUGUGCAAGUUAUUUAUAUUUAUUCUGCUAUAUUUUUGCAUACAAAGGAGUGAAGUCUCUAGAUCCCUUGAAUUUAUAUUAGAGGUGUUUGUAUAUUGUAAGCCGUCAGGUUAACAGUAAUUUUUUUUCUUCCUUCCAAAGACUUAGUUUUAUUCCAAGUUAAAUCCCAUGUUAGAAGAUCAGUAGCAUGUAAACAUACUAAAUUUGAAUUCAGCCUCAACUGCUGCAAUGAAGCAGUCUGAGCGUAGUUCUACACAAGUGCCCUUAAUUUAAUAACUUCAUUCAAGGAGCAAAGGGAUCACUCUUGUGGGAAGUGGAAAGUAUUGUGCACGCUUCUGAAAUGUGAUUAUUAAAUUAGCAUUAUUAUAUGUUCUUUAUGCAAACGCUACGCUCAUUCUCUUAUAGAAUCGUGCUGCCUUUCCCGAGGUUUGUUUAAAACAUGUUAAUAGCUGUCUGAACAAUUCUCUACGGCUUACAAAUUAAUGGUUUAGUAAAGAUCCAUGGAUACUAUGUGCAUGCCUUAGGAUUCACAUAUUCGAAAAAGAAUGCCGAGGAAAAUGGUGACUUUUCCAAAUGGAGAUAUCCGAAAAGAACAUCGUAAUUAUUGCAAUCUUUUUUUCUUCUUUUCUUAGUUUGGUAAUAAUUUUCAAAACCUUAGUUCUGUUCUUGCCAUUUUCAUUCAAUAGUAAGCAAUUGUUUUAACAUUUUUGUUCUUUCAUAUUCUGAGUUGCUGUUUCCUUAUGAGACUCAAAUAAAUACUGCUUGCCCAAUAGUGCUCAUAUCAAUAGAACACUUUUAUAACUGGAUUUAUUACACAUUGUUUGCCUUAUUCUCUUGCAGAAUAUAUUGGGAUGUAACUUAAAGAAGCAACAAGCCAGUAGCUGCCAAUUCAUUAAGUGGUCUUUAGUUAUGUUAUCUAGAAUACAGGUCCUGUGUGUUAAAGUUAUUGACAUAUUGCAUGUUAGUAUUGUUUCAUUGUUGGAACUGAGAAUGUAUCAUCAACAUUGUACCUAUAUUAUGUUUAUAGUUUAUUUUGUAAAAUAGUUUGUAAUCAAAGCUUACAUUGUGACUCCUAUGUUUACAAUAAAUUCAAUUAACUGUUCAA